AAUGUUUCAUGAACGAUCAAUCGACUGGCAAUCUAUGUUAUGUAGUGUUUCGAUUUUUCGUGGAAGACAUAUCCAAAUAUUCUAUUGACUUGCACUACCCACCUGAAUCGCGAGCUGAGUCGGCAUGGAAUGCCAUUCAUUUUAUGAGUAACUAUGCAGCCCAUGAGAACUGUGAUGACCGGACACAUUUAGCUUCAGAUCAAAGAAUAGAGAAAAAACUAACUCUAUUUAGCUGGUCAAACUUCUGGGAAAUGAAGGAAAAUUUUUCGGACGACAUGAAAGGCGAAUCAGAAACAAUGGAAAACGUAAGCAGCGAAAGCAGUGACAAAGCCAUGUUUUAUUCUGGACAUCCUGACAUCGAGAAAACUAGAGGAUACCUUCAUCUUUAUCGCACGUCUGAUAGCUACUCGAUUGAGGAUAUUGACACUAAAAUGUUGGUUGUUCUAGCUAUCAGGGCGACUGUAGGUAUCGAUCAGCUAUUGUCCUUCAUUCAAGUAUUCACUGAUGACAUACAAAAGUUGCAAAUCUUGUUUCAAACUGAAAACCCUUUUUACAUGGCAUUCAUUCUUUUCUUCGAUUCCGAUAAAUGUAAAGAGUUUUAUACGCAACUAAAUGGUCAAGCCUUUUCUUCCCUUGAACCUGAAUUAACAUGCCAGUGUGCUUUUGUGCGAGAAAUAUCUACACACUGCAAACAAAAAAGAAAUUACCUGUCUCAGAAAGAAUUGAACGAGGCUGAAAACUUGCAGGAACUUCCGCAAUGUAUUAUUUGCUUGGAACGUAUGGACGAAUCAGUUGAUGGCGUUUUAACAGGUCCAUGUAAUCACGAAUUCCAUUUGAGUUGCCUUAAGCAGUAUAAAAGCACUGACUGUCCUGUUUGUCGUUACUCGUUAGUCCCCGACGCCCAAACUUAUUCCGAAUGCUUGCAAUGUGGAGCAACGGACGAUUUAUGGCUGUGUUUGAUCUGUGGGUUUAUAGGUUGCGGACGUUAUCUGAACAAACACGCUGUGGAGCAUUUUGAAAUUAGUAAUCACACUUUUGCAAAGCAGCUUGGCAGUGAACGGGUGUGGGAUUAUGUUCGUGAUCAAUAUGUUCACCGUUUGAUUCAAAAUAAGGGGGAUGGGAAGUUAGUUGAAUACACAGUUGAAGCUCCGUUUCAAGUUCCUAACAACGGAGAAGAGUUUGAACCCUCAGAACGAGACAUCCGUGGAGAAACUGUGACAGUGUCAUCAGAUGAAAAAUUGGACUCAAUUCAAAUCGAAUACUCCUACUUGAUCAGCUCGGAGCUGGACAAGCAACGAGUUUACUAUGAGGAAAAAUUAAAACACAUGGAAAUAGAGGCCAAAAAUAAGGAGUUGCAACUCGAAGGAAGGCUAAAGGGUGUAAUGGAUGAAAAAACUGAAUUAGAGAAAGAGGUCACACAAAUGAGCAGAACCAAAAGUGCCCUUGAAAAGAAGAUAUCAGACUUGAAAACGAAGUUGGAAAUUUCAGAAAAAGUACGCAAAGCGAAGUUCGAGGAUGUUGACGAAAUGAAUAAAUCUCUUUUAGCCAAUCAGAACGAGUUGAAAAGUCAACUGGCAAAGCUAGAGCAAGAAAAAAAGGAAAUGGAGGAGACCAACCGGGAUUUAAUGUUCACUUUAUCGGCGCAGCUAAAAGUUUCAGAAAUGACAAGCGACGAAAAAGAUGAACUGAGUGCUGCUUCAAUUCACGUAGCAUCGCCUGAAUCCAGUUCAAAAGCUUCAGGAGGCGCUCGUCCAAAACGCAAAACUAAUAAACGCUAGAUUAGAUGCAAAUGUUUUGAUUAAAUAAAAUGUAGGUUUGUUUUAUGAUGCAUUAACAUUUCUGUAGUUUU